AUGACGGGUCGUGGUGGCGGCGGCGGUCGCCGCGUUCUCCUCCCUCCCAUCAACAUGAUCUUCAAACUGCUUCAGACAAACGCGACAGUGAGCGUCUGGCUCUACGAGCAGCUCUCCAUCAGGAUUGAGGGCAAGAUCCGGGGAUUUGACGAGUUCAUGAACCUCGUUAUCGACGACGCCGUUGAAGUCAAGCAGGUAACAAAGACCAACGAAAAGGAGAGCCGGAGACCCCUUGGCCAAAUCCUUCUCAAGGGCGACAACGUAUCCCUAAUCCAGAACCUGUCUUCGUGA